CUUAGCCAUAAGGGCUCAUUCCGAGACCUGAUUAAUUAUUAAUACAAUUCCCAGAAACAUUUGCAUGUCUUUUACCUAGUGUGUUGGAGUUGCUGAAAAAUCAGCCAUCAUGUUUAUGCUAGCGAUAGCUACAUGUACACAGUCUUGAUCAGACACGUUUGUAGCGGAGGUUUCAAGGUAAGAUUAGUUUGUGGUAACUAUGGCGUAAAUUUUGUUCACAGACGCGAUCGUUUUUCUUAGCCGACGCCAGAUCAAAAGAUUUGUGGUAACACGCAUGAUCAGUCUCUUACUGUUCUGUUGUAAAGCACGCACGAAGAGGAUAGAGCACGAAAGAAGUUUAAGAAGAAACACAAUCCUUUUUCUGCCCACUUCUUGAGUCGAAUUUGGCCGAAGCGGAAAAAUCUUCAGACGCAUCGCCAACAAAAUUUGUCUCGGGUAAAAAUUAUGCAAAAUCGUCUUAAUAAACAAAACCGUCAGAAACCGUUGUCAAUCUAGAAAGGCAAAAAUUGUCUUUUGUUAAAAAACUCAGGGAUCGAUUGUAGAAUUUUAAAAAAAUUGGAAGUGGAAUCCUUUGGCAACUAUGUUGGCCGAUCUUAUGAACAGAUCAGACGGACGCUGACGGAAUUUGUUGACUCUGAAAAUUUUAAUGCGGAUGCAAGAGGCGUAACAAAAAUUUGUCGUGGCAAAACUUUUCUUUUGAGUUUGCCGGGAAAAUUCUUGUUUUCGCCAAAUUGUAAGAGUUUUCAUGUGACGAAAACAAACUGUUCAAGGCGUGUGUUUUAAGAAUAAACGACAGCCGAAUUCACGAGAACAUGAAGGCUGCUAGGAUGACAGCGCCGUAAAACUAGCCUGCUGUGACUGAUGUUGCCUUCCACUCAACGCAUCGGAAAGGUUAUAAAAGCAAGCUCUUUGUCCCCUCGAAGAGCGGUCGAUGUAAUUUCUGAGGCUUUCUUCAGUACGAUGACCGGAGAUCGCGAUGAUGAGCUAGCUGCAAUGGACCAGUCGGCAUGAUCGCAGUCGCUCUGACACCUUCAUGAUUAGUAUGAAUUUCAACAGUUAUGCCAGUUUGGCUAUAUUUUUCAUAUCAUUCUUGUUUUGUUCUGCAUUUUUUUUUUUUUUUUUGAACAUGAAACUAUAUAUGCUAUACGAGUGUUAGCUGAGUUUGAUUUUUAUUACCGUACGUAAGCUUGCAAUUUAACUGAGCGUGAAAACCUUCAAUACUCGGUCUCCACUGCGUUUUCUCUCUGGAUUUUCGUCUCUGCUCAUGUUAUAAUAACGUAAAUUACGACGCUUGGCAUGUUUACAAACUCUUGUUGGGUUCUUUUGUUGCUACUUGCUGGCUUGCUUGUUCCGAAAUUUUUCUUUCAACUAAGGAAAAAAAACUAGAGAAAAGUCCCGGAAAAAGUCGAACAUAGUACAAUUUGGCAUACGGCGUGACAGCUUUAGCUCAGCUCUAUGCUUUGUGCUCUGAUAGAGCACAUUCUUUCAACCAAUGACAGCGCGCAUCAUAUCCAAACUUUGUUAUAAUAAAAUUUAACAUGUACGUAUUACAAGCGCACAAUUCUUUUCGUAAAUGUUUGUUUUCAUCCAAACACUCGAGUUCCACUCGAUUCGAUCGAUAGCUGGGAGAUGUUUGGACUUAGAGAUAAACUGGGACUUAUUGUCAUACUCUUCUGCUCGUUCCCUUGAUUUUGAAAUUGUUUCUUUGGAUUUUCGUCAGUCAACUCUACUGUGAAUAACUUAAGCCGCAGGUUUCGAUUGUUUUAGCUAAGAUAUUAAAGUUUGGAUCACGUUUAUUUGUCGAUUGAUUAUUCGUUAGGUCUGGUGAUAACUUAUCUGAUUUACUCAGUUACGUGCAAGGUUCGUGAUCCAAGGACACUAUGAGUCCAAUCCCAAGUGUUCUUUAUCUUUUUGCAUCGUACGCACUAUCGUUAUUUUCGUUCGCACGGCCUCUAGUCACCAUUUAGAAAAAAAUUAUACUUAAUGACCAACCACUGUGUGCGGAGACUCAAAUCGAAUCGCCCCUCUGGGGAACUUAAAAUGUCUUAAACUAGGACUGAGGUGGUUUUAUCUUUUCAAAGCUGAUCCACAAUUUUUUUUACAACCAAGCUAUAUUAAAGCAGAGGGGAAGUCAUUAAGUUCCUCUAUUCCCUUACCAAAACUACAUGUCUGUUACAUAUGUGUGACACUUAUGUGUCUGUUAUAUAUUUAUGUGUAUAUAUGAUAAAUAUUGCAUUUAUGUGACAUACAUGUAAAGAUUCUGACGUGAUUGCACAUACAUGUGACAUUUAUGGGACGUGUGACAUACAGUAUAUGUUGGAUAUGUAAUUAUGUGACUUAUAUGAAGUUUUGGAAGGGUUCACAGCCAGCUGGUUGCAAUUUCACAUUCUGCUCACAUGAUGUGUAUUUUUAGUUUUCUAUGUAAUGCAAGGUGCAUAUGCAUAUGAUUUAUGGCCAUUAUCUUCAAAAAUUUCCUUCCAGAAGUAAAUAAAUGCUACUUAUAUACCGAAAUAAAUUAAUUUCUGCAGUUGUCUUAAACCUUGAUUCAAUGGGCAGUAUAAUAUUCUGGAGGCUAAUUAUUGUGUCCCGGCAAAGAGAUUGUAAAUUCAAUUGUCAUUCGUUAAUAUUGCAUAAACAUCCUCACUGUGUAUAACUUCACAUGAGCCUGGGUUUAUGCUUCGUAAAAAUGGUGCCUUUUUCUCAAUCGGAGCUCACCAGAAAAGUAAAUUGUCAUUUUCUUGCAAAUGAGCUUAAAGACCUCCUGUGUACCAUUAUUUCUCUUUCUUGGAAUUGGGAAAUUAUUUUCUUUCUGUCAAACAAUUAUAAACCAAUUCUUCGUGCGGGGAAAGGAACAUUUCAGAAAUACCAAUUUAAAAAAUAUAUGAUAUAUAUAUAUCUAGAAGGUAUUGCUGCUCAUAAAAGAGCAUGGUACCUCCCUUUUUUAUUUCAAAUUGUACUUUUCCUUAAGAUCAGCAACCAACAUGUACAGCUCGACGACAAUCUUAGUGUAUGUUCUAUGGAAUGGCUUCAAGUGUUCAAAGUAUCUUAUCAAUUGCUUUGUAUUGUUUAUUUUAUAGAAGCUGAUUGGCAUCGUUACAAGUUAGAAUGGAAGCAAGCACUCGCAGGAACACUCAUGGUGAUCCACCAAAGAUCAGUGUUAAUCUUCCAAAGUUAAGUGAGCUUACCCAGUCGAAAAAACCUUGGAGGGAGGUUCAACUCCCAAUUGACAUUCUGUUGUUAACAGUGAAAGACGUUGAGUUUUUAAGUUGCUACUAUUACAUUAAUGAUCUAAUCAAAAGCUAUCUGAAAGGGCUUGGUUUAGUAUACUUUGGCAGCAUUGGUGAAGAUAAAGAUGUCAAACUGAAAGUUGCUUUGAUGAAAUGCUCAGAGGGUUCUAACGUUCCUGGUGGUGCUUUGAUCGUUGUAAAAAAAUGCUGUCACUCAGCUGAGGCCAAAAGCUGUCUUCUGUAGGCCACUGUAGUGGUAUGAAUCAGGAAUCGACAAAGCUGGGGGAUGUGGUUGUAUCAAAAAAGCUCACAACUUAUUCCUAUCAGAAGGUUGCAAAGGAUGGCAAGAAAUUUCGUGGGUUCAUAACUCCUGUAAGCAGAGACAUCGCUGAACUCAUCGAAUGUGCAGGUCAUGGUUGGAAUCCACCCUUAGAAAAUCCUAAAGAAAGGAAGGUUGAAGUCCACUGUGGUGAGGUUUUGAGUGGUUCAGAGCUCGUACAAGCUGAGUGGCGACGAGAUGAACUAGUGAAGUCAUUUCCUGAAGCAAUUGCAAUUGAGACAGAAGGAGAGGGUAAGGUCUCCUUUUCCUUUUAAGUAACUGUUACUUUAAAAUCUGCUCAAAGAGAUAUUCGGGUAUAUUUGAAUCUAGGGAGAGAGAAUUGAUACCUAUAUGAUAUCAGUUGUGGUGGGUAAGCUUUUCUGCCAGUGUCGAGAGAUGCACUGGCUGUGUGUGAACAUACUGGACUUCAGAUCAAGAGGUCUGGGUUUAAGCCCUGGGCUAAUGGGAUUGUGUUGUAGUCUUGGCUGAGAGGCUUUACUCUCACAGUGUGUCUCUACACCCACGAGUAUAGAUGGCUACUGAUGAACUGUCCGCUAUUUCAUAUACAUGUAGAGGGAGUAAGGGUAUAGUCUUAGUGUCUGAAUGGUAUAAGCCCUGGGAGAAGCUCGUGCUACAGGGACUAGCUCGGUACUUAGUAUACAUAACUUUCCAAAAUAUAUCUCUAGUUCCUUACAAAUUUUUGAUAACAAUGGUAACAUGAUAACAAUGGUUGAAAUCAGUAGAUGUUGGAGAAAAUUUGUUGUUUUAUUCUUAAAAAGCUUGUUUUUUUUUUGUCUCAGGAGUUUUCAGCGCAGCACGUGAUCUGAAAAUGGAAUGGGUCGUUAUCAGGGUAUUUCAGGGUAUGCAGAUGGAACUGAAGCAAACGAAAACUGGCAAACAUUUGCAAGUGUAACAGCAGCUUCUUUUGUUGUCAGCAUUCUAAACCAAUGCAAUGAUUUUGAAGAUUGGCCACAUUACCAAGGUGAACAGAUCAACUUUUAUCUUUCAUAGGCCUACAGUAUAUUUGCUUGCAGUCACUAGCUAGUCAUGUAUGCUUUUUAGUUUUGUUUUCAAUAAAUGUGCUGGAACCGAAUUGCCAAAACUAAAUCAAAAACAUGGUCAAUGACCUAUGAUCAUGCGCUGAUCAAUGACAGCAGCUCUUGGAUCAGAAAUGUUACCUGGUUGUUGACGUCAAUUCAACAUACAGGAGCUCUAUAAAAAUGGGUGGAUCCAGCAAAAUGGCAUGAAUAGAUGCGAUACGCACCACUCGCUAUCCCCUCAUCUUGAUGUUUUGCUGUGAUGUCUUUAUGUUUUUAGUCAAGGAAGAAGUUUUCAGUGACGAAGAUUUAGAGUGGCCUUACCUAAGUUGCUUAUUGUAUGGAAAAUAUUUUUUUCAAGCUUUUCGCUCGAUUGCAAAGUAGAGAUAUAACUAGUGGGACAUCAAAUCCGUUUACCUGGCGAUGACAAUUUUUCUGCCUGGCAGAAGAAAAGGAACAAGAAAUCUUCUGUUCGCAUAUGUGGACGUGCAUACGCAUAAUGCAAUGGCACGAAUUGUCCUUGAAACAAACUCCUCAGGAGACGUUUCAUUAGGAAAGGAAAAAGCUCCAUUGCUACAAUGAAUCUGUUGGCUCAAAAGAUCUGGUCUAAUGAUUUGUUUAUAUUUGUUAUCAUGCAGAUGGUCGAAAUAAAGAAUCGUCUCCGCGUGACGCUUUAACUCCAAAGAAAGGAAAAACUUGUUUAACAGGUAAAAUAAGGACAUAUCUAUAAGCGUGCCCGUUAACCCCCACCUCCCAACCCCAUCUUCCCGCCCCCUGCCUUUGUAAAAUAAAAGUGAGGGGAUCCAGCAAAAGGGAAAAAAAUAGUUGCCAUACGUACUACUCGCUAUCUCCUCAUCUUAAUGCUUUUCUGUGAUGUCUUUAUGCUUUUAGUCAAGCAAGGAGUUCCCAGUGACAAAGAUUUAGAGUGGCUUUCGCACCAACUCGAAAAUUGGGAGGAACUCGGGCGUCGUCUCGAAGUUGAGGAAGCAACUUUAACGGCGUUUGACGAUGACUAUAAGAAAAAGCGUAAAAAAAUCUACAAAAUGUUACUACAUUGGAAACAGAAGGAUGGCUCAGCUGCAACAUACAAGGUCUUACAUGAUGCAUUGUGUCAUGAAUUUGUUAAGCGCACAGAUUUAGCUGAGAAACUUUGCUGUCAACAGCAUGAAUGACUAUUUACUUUAUUGACUCACAGAUAGCUUUUAUUUCUAUUUUUACUGAUUAUUCCACUGUCAAAUGAACAAGUAUACCCAGUAUGGCUACACUAUUACCAUGUGAAGUGCUAAAUCAGUUAUCUUCCUUUUCCUCAUGGGAUCGUUUUUCUGUCUCUUACACACAUGCAUCUUUCUAUUCUUUCAAUGAAAGACGUCAAGUGUUAAAAGAUAUUGCCAGUUAUGACCCAACUAUAACUUUUCGUGCAAUUCUUUUGACUACUCAACGUCACGUUGUACAAAAUCACUGGAUAGUUUUGACGCAAUAACUACCAUUUACGUCGAUAUUUGUCCCCCGAUUAUUUCCGUCGAAAAGAAACCAAGACAGCGGAAAAAAAGCCAACACUCGAGUUUCACUUUUUUAUCUUUCUUAUUGAACCUGUGAGAAGAACGAAGUUAUUAGUUUAUGUACUAAACAUUCGCUGAGUUGCUCUGUCAAUACCAUUGCAGUGUUGUCGAAGGCAUACGUCAUGUUACGCAUUUGCAUCACCUCUGAUAUCUAUACCUAAUGCACAUGCAUUCCUCCUUCAAUUGUUGGUUUUGACGUAGUACUGAAUUAGAAAUUUGAGGCGCUUUUUUCAUAGAGGUUUGAUGAAACCAAAAUUCAGCGUGUUGAGAAUCUUACGACGAGAACACGAAUAUAUGCCAUGUUCGGUAGUUGAUAUUGAGAUUCUCCAAUUUCUGUGAGUUAUGUGUGUGCAUUAGAUAGUAUAUCGAUCAAGAAACUGAGAGGAAUGUCGAGUUGCGUCAGUUUUUCUCAAAGAAUUGUAAGUUCACGAGGAAAAGACUCCGUAAAUAGCUAGGCAACGAAAAAACGUGGUUCCCUGACACUCGAUUAGGCUUGGACAAAAGGCAAAGUUCUUGAAACAGUCAGCUUGCUUGAUAAUGAUAUACAUUUGAUAUUGGAAGUUCAUCUUUGAUUAAUUGCCUACGAUAAUUUACGGUGUAGAAUGUUUGUCAACGAAACGUUUCCGUAAAAAUAAAUGAGAGGUUUGACAUAACUAACGGCCUAUAGAAUGAUUCUAUGGCAAGGAAAAAAAUGUUUGGUAAAAACAAAUGGUAGAGGAUUGUAAUUUCAUCAGGGCUUCCAUACUGCUUUUAGCUGGAAGAAAACAAAAUGUCGAUUUGCCAUUAUUUCUUUUGUGUGUGUGUCUUUUGUUCUUUAGAAAAGUCUUUGAGCAUCCUUGGUUCUGGAUUGAGAAGUUUGGUUGGAGCUCAAUCGUUGGCAAUUAUGCUGAUUUUCCGGGAUAGUUUUCUGGGGAAAAAUUUCUUUCUACCAAGCUUUGAGCAGUAAAAUCUUUAUAAAGCGAACUACUGGA